GGCCAAGCGUAUCUCAAAUCAGACGAGUACGGUCGUAUCGGAACUCCGCACUACAUGGCCCCUGAAGUCGUGUCGAGCCAGCUGUAUGGCAAGCCGGUGGACGUGUGGGCUGCGGGCAUUCUACUGCACGUGCUACUGGUCGGGUACCUGCCCUUUACUGGCACCAGGGAGAGACUGUUCGAGGCUAUAUGCCGAGGGAGACUGCGGUUUGACGCACCUCUUUGGGAUGACAUCAGCGACUCAGCUAAAGAUUUGGUCCAGCGAAUGCUGACAGUGGACCAUACGCAAAGAAUAUCCAUUCAGGAUGUGCUCAACCACAGAUGGAUAAGAGACCGUGACAAGCAAAACCGUAUCCACCUCGCCGGCACCGUAGACGAGUUGAAGAAGUUCAACAGCCGGCGACGCCUGCGCGCCGCCACGCUGGCGGCGGCCGCGGCCGACGAUGAGGAGGACGACGAACAACCCGCCAGCAAGCAGACUGUGCUGGAGGAGGCCAACGCGGCCGCUGUUAAUCUCGUGGUGGAAUCUCUGGACGACGUGGCUGUGCUGCAGGACGGGCCCGGGUUCGUGGACCCCGACCUGUUUCACAGCGUGCUGGAUGACCUGCAGCUACGAGCACUGCUCGAGGUGUACGACCGCAUCGCGUGCACGGUGGUGGUGACCUCCGGGCGCGCUCCCGCCGCGGAGGGCCGCCAGCGCUGCCGCCAGGCGCUGGACGCGGCGGCGCGCCCGCGGCACAACCCCGCCGGGCCCGCCGCCGCCUCCGUCACCACGGCCGCCGCCAUCCACCACCUGCGCCGCGCGCUCGCGCUGCCGCAUAUCAAGGCCCUCCUGCAGGCGCACGACGUGGUGGCGCGCGAGGUGUACGGCGAGGAGUCGCUGCGCGCCUCGCCACCUCCCGUCAACGGGCGCACCACAGCGCCGCCACAGGAGGACGACGACGACACCGAGCCCGAGUUCGAGAACGUGACCAGGGUGCGCCUCGUGCAGUUCCAGAAGAACACUGACGAGCCUAUGGGCAUAACCCUGAAGCUAGCUGACGACGGCAGGUGCAUCGUGGCACGGAUCAUGCACGGAGGCAUGAUCCACCGGCAGGCCACGCUGCACGUCGGCGAUGAGAUCAGGGAGAUCAACGGCACGCCUGUGGCCAACCAGUCCGUCGCACAACUUCAACGGAUGCUGCGCGAGGCUCGUGGGUCAGUGACAUUCAAAAUAGUGCCGUCGUACCGCUCGGCACCACCGCCCUGUGAGCUUUUCCGGAUUAAGCCUUCGCCCGUACUAAUAUUUGUGAGAGCACAGUUUGACUACGAUCCCUUGGAGGACGAAUUGAUUCCGUGUGCUCAAGCCGGUAUAGCGUUUACUACAGGAGAUAUACUACAGAUUAUAAGCAAAGACGAUACCCACUGGUGGCAAGCGCGCAAAGACGCUGCGGGCGGUUCGGCCGGGCUCAUACCCAGCCCUGAACUACAAGAGUGGAGAGCCGCAUGCGCCGCCGCCGAACGAUCUAACACCGACCAAGUGAACUGUUCUAUAUUCGGACGCAAGAAGAAGCAGUCCAAAGACAAGUACCUCGCCAAGCACAACGCCGUGUUCGAUCAGCUCGACGUCGUCACUUACGAAGAAGUCGUCAAGCUACCAUCUUUCCAAAGGAAGACUAUAGUGCUGUUGGGUGCGCAUGGCGUGGGACGACGCCACAUCAAGAACACGCUCAUCGCGCGUCACCCCGACCAAUACGCUUAUCCCAUUCCACACACCACCCGGCCCGCAAGGGCGGAUGAAGAAAACGGCAGACACUAUUAUUUCGUGACGCAUGAAGAAAUGAUGGCCGAUAUCGGAGCCAAUGAAUACCUGGAAUAUGGCACUCACGAGGACGCGAUGUACGGAACGAAGAUCGAGACCAUUCGCCGUAUCCACUCGGAGCGGCGGAUAGCGAUCUUAGACGUGGAGCCGCAGGCGCUGAAGAUCCUGCGCACGGCCGAGUUCGCGCCGUAUGUGGUGUUCAUCGCCGCGCCGCCGCUCAACAACGUGGCUGACUACGACGGCUCACUAGAAGUGCUAGUCCGCGUCGAGCAGCUCCGGCGCACGUACGGGCACUACUUCGACAUGAGCAUCGUCAACAACGACAUCGACGACACGCUCGCGCAGCUCGAGGCCGCGCUGGCGCGCCUGCGCUCCACCCCGCAGUGGGUGCCCGUCUCCUGGGUCUACUGACACGGAGACUCCUACUACCUCUAAAUGGAACAACCCGACAUUACCGGUGACGUGAUUUUGUUUUAGAGUUCUUUAAAUUUUGCCCAGCUCGCGGUGGGUGCCCGUCUCCUGGGUCUACUGACACGGAGACCGGUAAACUUAACAUUCGCAACCGGUGACGUUUUUAUGUUUAUGCGUUUUUUUCUUGUGAAAAGCUCUAUCUACCGUGCCCAAAGACACAGAGAACUAAUGCCUCUGGCUCGUAUUUCAAGUACGACGGUCUCGGCUGUCUACUAAGAUGGAGAAUUACUACCUUGCUCACAGCGGGUGCCCGUCUCUUGGGCCUAAAGACUCAGAGACUCUUACUAUCUGUAAACUUACCAUUCUAACCGUUGACAUACCAUACCUUUUGUUUCUGAGGUUUUUCAUGUGAGAGGGUCUACUCUACGGAGACGGAAACUCCUAAUAUCUUUAAACGAACUAAUGAAGCAGAAUCGGCGACGGUUACACCUUUUGUUUUUGAAUUAUUUGGCGAUAUUCUAGUAGUUUGGCCACCUAGCGGCAGGCUGUCGUCUCCUGGGUCUACUGUAAAGGAGACUCCUACUACCUAUAAGUUUAGUACGUCGCUCGAAUCAUAAUAUUUUCUUGUCAUCGACUUAAUAUGUCGACCUACGAACUUUAAAAUAAAACACCACUAUCUGCAAUGAGUGAUGUUUUCUUAGCGUUAUCCAACACACUUUUAAAGAUGCUUCAAAAGCAAUUAAGCUACACUCACGACACCUAUUUAAAAGCAAAAGCCUUUUCACACUUCACAGUGACACGCAAAUUAUCAGAUUAGGUACGUGGUGUUAUAUCAUUAUUUUUAUUUAUUUAUUUAUUUGUUUAAAUCCGCAGAGAAUGCGUCCGCGUUAGCUGAAUUUGUACACCUUUCAUUUAUUUUCAACAUUUUAAUACUUACAUUUACAUUAUACACUUUUCUUAUAAAUUAUUAUGGCCGCGUUUCGACAAGAACAACCAGUAGGUACCCAAUUACUUACAUGAAGAUAAUUCUUCAUGAAACGUGGUUUUAAAAUGUACCUUUUUAAAAUUUUAUUAAACAGUUUUUCACUGUAUCUACACUUUUAUGAUAACUAUUCUCAUAAACAUAUUUACCCUUAAUACGUGUUCUGAACGAAUAACAAAGAAGGUUCCGUAACGUCAGUUUUAUCGCGACAUUUUACAUUAUUGAAGAAUCAUUUAUUGUAUAAAAUUUGUGGAAUUUAGGAAAACAGUCAGCGCACAGCGCCAUAGUUUAUUAUUUGUAGUGUCUUAUUGACAAUAAUCAAGUUUUUAAUACCAAGGCUCCGUGUAAUGUAAGAAUCCGUACAAAGCUUCUUCGUUAACUUUUAUAUCCAAAACAUAAUUAUUUUUAAUUUAUUUUGAACAUCUAGUGCAAUCCAUGAUUCUUCGAUAAUAGUGACACGGUAUCUUUAAGUACUUAUUGAAUACAAUAAUCUCAACAUUGUUCCUUUCUCUCUUUAAUCGAUGACAGAAUAGAUAUCCUUAAUUAAGUUACCAACUACAAGGAUCUUGAAUCUACGAAAGCUUGCAUGGUAUUUGGUGCAUGAACGCUCAAUCUCACUAUUAUGUGCCAAAUGUGUGACUGCAUACCAAAUCCCAGGAUAAUAACGAUUUUAGACACUUGCACAUUAGCAACAUGAAUUUUGGAUCAAUUGUACAUAAAUAUACAUUAGUAAGUAAUUAAAUAAUCGUCUAGAAAAGUAAAGUAGCUCAACAAAUGCAUACAUUAAUAACUAUGUUUAAGAUCUAUUCGACUAUCUUAGAUACUAUUUACCUACAGACAAGGCAUGUUUCGCUCUAAGUACACAAUAUAGGAAUUAAAAAAUAUAAUAAAGCUACAUACUUCGAGAUAAAAUCAGUGUUUAUAAUUAACUGGAACCAUUUUGAACAAAAAUAUUUGUAUGAGUAUUUUCAAGACGAACAAUUACAUCAAGAAACCAGUAACUAACUACAAUCAGAAAAUGGUACCGUUGUGUACUUAAGGCGAAGAGUGGCCAAUCACAUCACAGAAUUAGAAUUCACAGGGUUCCAUGUACCAGUAUGUUUAAGUGUCAAAUUGUUCGCCUUUCUUGUAUUUUAGGGCCAAAAUACUAUUACUCAAGAUGACAAAGAGACGACAGGUAAUACAAGUAAUCGUAUUUAGGCUCUAAAGACAACUCACUCACUUUAUGUGUCAUAAUAACUUCUUAUAAAUUAUACCUUUUUACUUGUCACAAAUCGUACAGUUAUCGAUGUAAAUCAAACUUACGAGUAUGUACUUAAAUCCUAAAAGUUGGUAUCCAUGAUAAUAAUGACACCAAAACUUUGGCAUGUAUCACCACAUGUCAUAAAUCAUAAAACACCGAAUCAUCUUGAUAUAGAAGGUCAAGCUAAUUUUAGUUCAUUUUUUAGUGCCACGAUUUGCUUGACCAUCUAUAAUCUAUAAGUUAUACAAACGCUGAACAGAAAUUGUCUAAUUGAAGAGUUAUCCAAAUAAGUUGUUUGCGAGUAAACGUUUGACGUUCCUUGUGACAUUUUACAUUACUGUAGGUACAGUAAACCAAUUGGAACCCUAGGCCACUGAAGAACUAUGUCAUAGUGACGUUAUAAAUCAGAUUGUAAGAAAUCUCUUACUGCUUGUUAUUUUGACAUGGUUGUAGAGUGGCCUAGAGGGUUCCAAUUGGUUUGUAGUGUACCUACUCUUACGAUCAGUUUUUUUUUCUAAUUAGCGCGUCUGUUCCCAAAUUAAUGCAUUCCAUUCUGUAUAUACCUACUAAGUAAUAUACAAGUAGCAAAAUUUUACGAUUAUAACAACUCUCACUGUUUCGCUAUAUUUACUUUCUAUGAAUAACUAAGCUAUUUAGGUAUUAAUUUGUUAUUGCUAAGGUGUUCUCGAUAUUGUUCUUUUUAAGUGAUAAGUACAAAUUUUAUCAAUGCUCAGUGUUUAAAGUUUAUCUUUAUUAUGUACGAGUAAAAUACCCCGUUAGACUUUUUUUUCAUAUAUAUCACUUUUACUUCGCGUAUACUUUAUUUCAAAGCGUAGCUAAAUUAAAAAUUUGACAACGACACUAUUUUUAUUAUGUGUUAGAUUUGUUAAUUUUCUUCCUUUGUUAUAAACAUGAUACUUAAUCUAAAUAAUUUCUCUAAAUACUACAUUUUUGUCUUGUACCUAUCCUUAUAGGAUAAUAGCGAAUGAAAGUAGAUAAAUAAAUUAAUCAUACGAUAGUAAAGUAAGUAAACUAGUUGAUAAUAAGAUGUGUAUUGGUGAGCGAGUAGCACUAUCGUCUUUAGUUUUUACAUGUUCUAUUAAUGUUGCUAUUAGAUAAAUCAUAAUUUAUUACACUUCAAAUUAUAUAUUUAAGUGGCAAUCUGUUCUGCUAUUUUAAAUAGUUUAUUGUGAUGCAAUAUGUUUAAUAACAGAGUAGAUAAAUUUAAUAAAAUUAUAUAUAUUUAAGUUGGCUCUGUGAAAAUUAUAUACUUAAUAAGUAAAGAUAAUCUACUGUUUCCGUGAGCAGCUUUAACCUGAUAACCGUCUUAAAGUUCUAAAGUAGACUUAUUUGGAAGUUUAUCCUGACGAAAUUCAUAUUAUUUAUUCCGAAAAGAACUUAAAAUUUUUAUGUUUCGCGGAGUAACUUUCUGCGGCUUGCACUGAUUGAUAAUACCAAGUCGUGCCGACCAGGCUUUCAAAAUGUAUGUCGCGGGAGUAACCAUCAAAAUAUGUUUUCAGUACGGUCAGCUACAUAAAUAUAUUUACACCUGUACCUAUUUAAUUUUGAACCUCCUUUCCCAGUAAUAAGUUUCGAUAUGUAUAGAUAUAUAGACGUGACUGUACAUAAUAUGUGCCAACUCGUAUGUCUAAAUUUCGAAGGGCCAUAAUUGUGUACCUAAUGAAAACGUCGUACAAUAGACGUGCGAAAAGGAAAUUUGUAGCUGGUAUCGACUUUGUGAAUAGUGACUGGUGAAUGUAUCGCUGGUUUGGGUUUUCCCUUCUCCGCACUUGUGUCGUAAUAUACUAUAACCGUACUAAUUUCCUUACUCAGAUGAUUUUACUCUUUAUGUCAAACCGUAAUGCUCACGGGUAUUGUGUCUUCAAGUGUCUCUGUUAAUAUUGAACGGCAUUGCAGCUAAGCUAGCAAUGACCGAUGAAAUAUUGAUAGUGAACUUAUUUUUGCUUCUAAUUUUAAUAAAACUGUUUAUUUAAAAGCACAGUUAUAGACUAUCGAUAGAACUUUGAUGUGUAUAACUAUAACGAUCGUAUCUUUUAGAUACUUAUAAAAUGUGGCACUCAUGGUUGCCACAAUAUUAUUGAGUAAAGGUAGGGGAAGAUAUUAAAGGGAUUUUCUUGACGGAUAAGAUGAAUUAAUGUUCCGUAUUCUCCCACCUUACCUUCUAAAAAUGCGUUGUUAUUCGUAAAAAAAUAACACGAAUAAGCAAAAACUGUCAAAGACAGACAUUUUGUCAGGCAACUUGUCAACUUGUCAGGCAUAAAAAAACAUGUUUACCGACAUAAUAAAAUCUUAUUUUAUUUGAGUGUUACCAUCUCUAAACAUUCCAUAAUUUCUAGUAAAGUGGCUUUUUUUAAAUUGCAUAUGCUUAAUGUCACUACUCCUAGCCUUCGCGAUAUCAAUUCUAGAAAUAUGUAUUUAAUUUUUCCGUUUACAAAUAAUUCGAAAUUUGCUCUUGUUCUAUAUUAGUUGAAUUGAUUUUACUACGUUGAGUGCUGCUCCUGUAUGGAAAGUGGUUGAGAGUCUUCGUUAUAACUAGGGAUGUAAUUAUUUAUUAAUAUGUAAGGAAAGUAUUUUUAAUGUUAUAUGCAUCACCUACAACAAUGCCUAAUCCAGAACAUUCCAUUAUUACCGAUUAUUAUUUUUAUCAUUAGAUUUAUUAUUUACUUAAAUUAUAUCAUACUGUUACAAAGUCAUUAGAUGGUAGAACGUUUUAUAAUGUGAUCCUUGUUAGCUUUGAAUUUAUUCUUAUUAAGUUUAUUCAAGCAAUUUUGUAAUGUUAUUUACUUAUAUUUAAUGUACUUAUUCCUUGUGAUUUCAUAUUUAAGCUUGUUUCUCGGCAUGUUAUGUUGAAUACAAAUAAUAACAGUAGAAUCACAUACUUGCAUAAAUUUAAUUAUUAAGUCAGAUGAAAUUGAAAAAAAAAACAGUUUUGAUCUUGCACACGGAGCAUGACAAGACUCGACUCGGAUGAUCCACGUCAUUGAAGCAAAUCAGGGCGAGAGCUAGUAAAAUAACAUUACUAAUAAUUGGGCUAGAAGCUAUAUCAACCUUGAAAUUAUUAUCCGCGUAAGAAGCCUGGGCCAUCUUGUUGCUCAUGCGCCGUGUGCAAGCACCACAACUGUGUAAUAGUAAAUCUUAAUACCUACCUACUAAUUGACCAUUUUAACUACCUAUUAUUAAUAUCUGGUGCAAACCGGUAUGAAUCUUAAUGCAACUGUAAACACUUUGUGUUUAAAUCUGAAGCGUAUCAGGGUGAAUAGCAAAAUCUGAUGAGCAAUGGACAUUCUUGACUACUAAUGAUGACUGAAGUAAAAUCUAUAUAAUAACUGUUAAAAUUGAAUAAACCGCACAAAAUAA